AUGGGUCUCCUCUUGCUUCCAGCUGUGGUUCUAGCCGCAGUUAUCGUGUACUACGUGCUAUUCCCCAAGAAGAAGAGCGGUCUUGACCUCCCUCCUGGUCCCAAGCCUCUCCCCAUUGUUGGUAACGUCUUUGAUCUUCCGCCGGCUGGAACGGCUGAGUAUAAGCACUGGGCCAAGUUCAAGGAUCUGUAUGGGCCCAUUAGCUCUAUCAAUGUCCUCGGAACUCCCCUCGUCGUUCUGAAUGACAGAGAGGCUCUUCAUGACUUACUGGAGAAGCGGUCGACCAAGACCUCGUCCCGGCCUUGGUCACCCUUCGCAAGUGAGCUCUGUGGAUACAGCGUAUUCCUUCCUGUCAUUCCCUAUGGCAACAAGUUUCGAUAUUUCCGUAAGCUGGUGCACCAGCAGAUGGGCACCAAGUUGAUCUGUUCCGAGUUUCGCGACACUCAGGAUCUGGAGUCACUUCGGUUCCUUGUGAGGACGAUUGAGAGACCCGAGGAGUUCCAGAAGCAUAUCAAGACUGAAGCCAGCGCUAUCAUCUUACGAAUCAUUUACGGAUACAACAUUGAGCCCAAGAAAGUCGACCCUCUCGUCAGCCUUAUCGAGAAGAUGAUGAUCAACUUCUCAGACGCCUUUGUUCCUCUGUCCUGGGCCGUCGACAUCGUCCCCAGCCUCGCCCGCCUCCCAGAUUGGUUCCCCGGCACCUCAUUCAAGAAGACUGCCAGAGAGUGGCGCAAGACCACCGACCAAGCAUUGGACACCCCUUAUAACUUUGUCAUGGAUCAGAUGGCUAGCGGAACAAACCGACCGUCAUAUGUUUCUCAGCUUAUGAGUAGCAAGUCAUUCAAGAAUGAUAAUGGUACUGGCGAACCUACCAAAGAAGAUAUCGAAGCUGUCAAGGCUACUGCGACUAUCAUGUAUGGCGGUGGCGCUGAUACUACCGUCUCGACUAUCAGCAGCUUUGUUCUUGCUAUGAUUGCCUUCCCCGAGGUUCAGAAGAAGGCCCAAGCUGAGAUCGAUAGCGUCACUGGAGGCGAGAGACUACCGACCUUUGAGGAUCAGGACCGCAUGCCUUACAUCAAUGCCCUCUGUAAGGAGGCUCUUCGAUGGAUGCCUGUCGUCCCUACCACUACAACCCACGUUACUGAGGAAGAGAUUGAGUACCGAGGAUACCGCAUCCCCAAGGGCACAUACCUCAUCCCCUCAACGUGGUGGAUUCUCCACGACCCCGAGAUCUACGCCAACCCUGAUGCCUUUGACCCUGAGCGCUUCAUCGCGCCCCGAGAUGAGCCUGACCCCAGUGACUUCGCUUUCGGCUAUGGUCGAAGAAUCUGCCCUGGUCGAUAUCUGGCUGAGGAUAGUAUCUUCAUGACAGUCGCUCGAUUGUUGGCGGUGUUUAAUAUGCGCAAGGCUGUUGACGAGAAUGGAAAGGAGAUUGAUGUCGUGAUUGAUGGCACGCCCGGUCUCAUCAGCCACCCCGUCGAGUAUGCUUACAGCAUUACACCAAGAAGCGCUAAGCAUGUUGGGAUGGUUCGGGCUGCGGAGAGGGUGCAUCCUUGGGAGGAGAGUGACUCUAGUCUAUUGAAGAAGGAUUCUCCUGUUUGA